AUGAUAUGCUGGCUAGCAACACAUCACAGAUUAAGGACUUUGGACCUUUUGGUCAAGAUAGGGCUUAUGGAGGAAAACAAAUGUUUGCUGUGUGAUAUAGAUGAAGAAUCCCAUAGUCAUAUGUUCUUUAAUUGUCAAUAUUCAAUCCAGUGUAUUGAGAUGAUAAAGAAAUGGCUGCAUUUAUCAUCGAUGCAAACAUUACUCCAGAGACAAUGGAUCAUGCUUCAGAGGAGUAGGAGAACUGGAUUUCAGAAGAGAGUUAUAGCUGUUGUCUUUUCUGGUUUGAUUUAUAGUAUUUGGUGGGCAAGAAAUAAAGCUGUGUGGAAUCAAGUUGUUUGGAGACCUGAAGUUGUUGUUAGAAGAAUGAAACAAGCUGUGCUCCUCAGACUCAAGAUGGUCAUGCCUCAGAAAAUAAGCACUAGGGAGAAAAAAUGGUUUGAGAGAAUACAAAGUGAAUGA